UGUUAUGUGGGCGGGGCGAGGGGCUUGGCGCGGGGAGAUUCGAGCUUCGCUGUAGUUCUUAUGUUGUUGUUGUUGUUUUUGGCGCUUCGAUGUUAAACUGGAUGAUUGUAAUUUGUAAACCACCGCAGCGACACAUACUCGGUGUUUGUCACGGAGUCAUGCUGGUGUUUGUUGCGCCAUAUCAAGUCGGGAUCAGCGGCUAUUAGAUCCUUUUCUGCCGAUGGAGGCCAUGGAGGUGGACUCCCCAGUGGAGGCACAUUUCGGAGGCAGCGGGCAGUCAGAGGGAAGGACUGAUGCUGCUGCAGGCCCGGUUGCCGAUGCCUCUGCACCAUUUGAAAUCUCUGACUCCGGGAGUAGCACAGAGAUUGAUGAUGAUGAUGAUGAUGAUGAUGGAGGAGGACAGGUGGACGUGCUGCCUCGGCUCCCUGCCACCUGGGCAUUCAGUCAGAGGGUGGUGGGCAGCAGUGCCACAGUCACGCCAGUAGGGCAGCACGUGCCCAGACGGAUGAGAGUCAGACAGGGCCUCAGAGUGCACUACCCCAGUCAGACCACAGCGCCCUCCAGAGGCUUCCCGGACUUCCUGCUCCGAGCCCCAGCUGCCAGCAUAGCUGAGCCAGAAUCCAGCAGCGCCACAGAGAUCAGCGAGUCGGACGAAGAAGAGCAGGGCGAGGGUGAAGUCACGCAUGUGGUAGCAGAGCCUGUCGGUCCCGCCCCGCCCACCAGCCCCCACCUGAGCACAGAUCAACAGUCACAGGAAGCCGGUCCGACAGCCUCCAGUUCAGCUGCUGAAGGCAGGACAACAGAAGCUCCAGUUCAUGAUGCUCAGGUGGAGCCAGAGGCCUCAGCUGCACAACACUUGCCUCACUCUGAGGAUGGCGAAGGCGACAACUGCACCAUCUGCUUUGAGCCAUGGACGACGGCGGGCGAGCACCGGCUGGCUGCCUUACGCUGCGGUCACCUGUUUGGCUUCACCUGCAUCCAGCGCUGGCUGAAAGCACAGAGCCCGAAUGCCAAGUGCCCACAGUGUAAUAAGAAGGCAAAGCGCUCUGACAUCGUGCUGCUUUACGCCCCAAAGCUCAGGGCGCUGGAUAACUCUGAGCAGGAGAGUCUGAAGAAGUCUCUGGAGCAGGAGCAGUCCCUGAGGCGGAAAGCUGAACUGGAAUCAGCCCAGUACAAACUCAAGCUGCAGGUCGUCACCAGCAACCUCGGACAAGUGCAACAAGAGCUGCAGGAGCUGAAGGCUCUGAUGGCCCAGGCCGGCAGGAGUCAGGCUCCUUCCUCCAGUGUCCUCAGUCUGUCUCAAACGGCAUGCAGUACCAGAACACACCAGUACGGUUUCUGUAAGGCGGUUCUGGUGUCGCAGGCGGGCGGCUGCCGGGUUUUAAGCUUCUGCGACCCUCUGAGCUGCCUGCUGGCCUCGCAGCCUUCCCCUCACUCCACUCUGGUACCAGGUUGGGGUGUGAAGAAGGUGAGCGCAGUCAAUAUGAAGGCGGGUCCCUACGUUCCCAUCCACAGCAAACAGAUCCGAGGUCUGUCCUUCAACAUGCACGACGGCAGUCUGCUGCUGUCCGCCUCGCUGGACAACACACUCAAACUGACCAGUCUGCAGACGAACACGGUGGUUCAGACCUACAACACUAGUAAACCCGUGUGGAGCUGCUGCUGGUGUCUGGACAACAGCAACUACGUCUACGCAGGUCUGAACAACGGGUCUGUGCUCGUCUACGACACCAGAGACACCAGCACGCACGUCCAGGAGCUGCUGCAGCCGCUGCCAUCCCGGUGUCCAGUGGCGUCUCUGUGCUACAUGCCUCGGGCGGCGUCGAGCUCCUUCCCCUGCGGGGGGCUGAUCGCCGGGUCCCUGGAGGGGGGCUGCUUCUGGGAACAAGCAGACGAAACCACCUACAGGGCACACGUGCUGCCGCUGGAAGCUGCCGGCUGUACCGACAUCCAGGUGGAGCCGGAGAGCCGCCACUGUCUGGUGACGUACCGGCCCGGUCGCACCAACCCGACGCUGCGCUGCGUCCUGAUGGCACUGAACCGGACGCCGCCGGUGGACUCGGCCCGGCUCCCGACCUGCUCCUGCUCUCCAGUGCAGACGUUCAGCGCCGGCACAUCCAGCAAACUGCUCACUAAGAACGCCGUCUUCAAGAGUCCGGACGGAGGCGGGACUCUGGUGUGUGCCGGUGACGAAGCCUCCAACUCAACCAUGGUUUGGGACGUGGGGAGCGGCGCUCUGCUGCAGAAGCUUCCGGCUGACCUCCCGGUGUUGGACAUCAGUCCGUUCUCGCUGAACGGCGAACACUUCUUAGCAUCUCUCACUGAAAAGAUGGUGAAGCUCUACAGGUGGGAGUGAGGGAGGCUCCGCCCCCCAGCCAUCUGCACAAGUGGAAAUGACAGUCCAUGGAAUUAUGGGAAAUUGAAUGCUGCUAAAUGUUUAUCUGUAGCAGGACAUUACAAAGUUAUUUUUAAACUCUGCAAUGUUGCAGCUUCUGGUGACCUUUGACCUGUGCAGAGAGCUGGCCGGGCUCUUUUUCAGGCCAGAAUCGACGACGCAGUGUUGAGGUUCUGCUCUUCAUAACGAUCCUGUCGUGUUUACACCAAGUCAGAUCGCGAUACCAGAGUCAAUCCUGGCGUUUUUGUUGGCCUGAGUGAUGAAACCGCGGCUUCGGGUUCACGCUGUUGUGAAAAUGCAGGUGCUCACAUUUUACCGGCUUCCUCACACCAAGCAAGAAGGUUAGAGCUUCGUCCACCAGGGGACAGUGUGGUGCUCAGUCCCAAACUGUCCAAACUUUUUUUGCUUUGCUGUUCCUCAGUGAGUUUCCUAUGAUUUGCUGCUGUGAUUAUGUCGCCCCCUCACAGCUGAUGUGGGUACUGCAGCUGAUGACUGCGGCACAAAAGUAUCGUUUGGUUAAACUUCAGUUAAUGUGGCUUCAGUGCUCCUCAAACCUCAAGUGACACAUUUAAGGAGCUGCAACAACUUUUAAAGAAAUUCUUCAAAUGAAUGAAUGAUGGUUUUGAUUUUUAUUUUCUGUUCCCAGAAACAAACAAAUCCACAGACACUCUUGCAGUUUCUCAACUUCAAUCAUUCAGUUUUGAUUUCUUUCUGAAGCCGAGUGCCAAAGGUCUCCUCUGUAUGUUUGACUUUUUCUUCAGAAAAUUGUGUAAAUCUGUUUAUAUUUUUAACAGCUGUUUGUUUAUGACUUAAGAGUUAAUAAAAAUUAUUUUCUUCAA